UUCCGUUUAGAUGUUAUGCUUGGGAAAUUAACACUAUAGGCUACUAUUUGCCCCCAUGGCUUUACAAUGUGUCAGCUGUGGUGACAACAUAUCCGACUUGACAAGAAGGAAUGGAAAUAGACGGCAACAUUGAUGCGAUGUACAAGUAUGUAUGCCACAGUGUGCGUUGGAUUGUAUGCCCUUUUUGUAAGUGCUUUGCUGAAACUCUAGUAGUCGCCAAGGGCGUCAUCAACAUGAUCUCAGCCCUUUCGCCUCUCAGUUGGUGGAGACCUUUACAAAAAGGCCUUGGUCCUCACAUGCAUGCGGGUGAAGUUUUCAAGGAAUGCUUUGAAUGGCUGGAGUUCAGUCGACGAACAACUGUCCUUUCCGAGUCCCUCAUACAAGAACUUGAGGACCUACUUGAACAACUUGAGGAAGACACUUACUCUGAAGAUGGCUCUGAAGACUGCUCUGCAGCCACCAUCACACAAUGCAGAAGAGGAUGUCAUUUGACCAGUGGUAGCCCUAAAGUGGACACAACUGAAUAUAACAUGGUUGUGUGCCAAAAUUCUGCCAAGGCCUUGCUGCCAAACACCUCAUCAGGUCACACGGAGCCUAAGUCUAUGACAGCCAGACACAAACUCAUGACUGUUGCUGCUGGGGAAACAAGGCUAACUCCCCUCCUCCGCAGUCAUCAACGGCAGCAAGCCCACCAGGGAGGAGGCCGCAAGCGCUGGAGACGUGUUUUGCUGGUGAUCCGUAUCGUGAGGGUGCUGUGUACUCGUCCGGCCAAGUCAAGGGUAGGCCUAUAUACCCCGGCCAGGCCUCCCCAGCUGCCAUGCCCCCCGGCACGCAUAAAGACACGGCCGGAAGUAGCUGAGGCCAAACCUGCGCCCAUCAUGAUGUUCUCCGAAGGGCCCCAGAUCAGCCUGAUUUCACAGGAGCUCAGAGGGAAACUGGAGUCCCACGUGCGACGCAAACUAACACAUCGCUUGUUUGGCUUUCCUGCGAGGCUUGAGAAGCUCCUAGGAGUCAGUGCAGAAUCUUUGCUGAAAUGUCAGGGCGCAGGUGAUGGAAGGCGUUUGAAAGUUUGAAGCAAAUCCAGACAUGCUGCUGCGGACGGCCUGGAAAGCCUGGAAGAGGCCAAGGCUUUAUGAAAUAUUGCUGGGGGAGGUUCAGAAUGUAAUUAAGAACUUUAGGACUCUCAAACUCCAAAUAGGCUUCUAACCCCUGUAUGGACUUAAUUAUGCUUUAUAUUCAAUUAUCUUUU